AUGAAGCAGAGGAGGAGGAGGGAGAUGAAGCAGAGGAGGAGGAGGGAGAUGAAGCAGAGGAGGAGGAGGGAGAUGAAGCAGAGGAAAAGAGGAGGGAGAGGAAGCAGAGGAGGAGGAGGAGAUGAAGCAGAGGAGGAGGAGGGAGAUGAAGCAGAAGGAGGAGGAGGAGGAGAUGAAGCAGAGGAGGAGGAGGGAGAUGAAGCCAGAGGAGAGGAGGCUGAAGCAGAGAGGAGAAGGGAGAUGAAGCAGGAGGAGGAGGGAGAUGAAGCAGAGGAGGAGGAGGGAGAUGAAGCAGAGGAGGAGGAGGGAGAUGAAGCAGAGGAGGAGGAGGGAGAUGAAGCAGAGGAGGAGAGGGAGGAUGAAGCAGAGGAGGAGGAGGGAGAUGAAGCAGAGGAGGAGGAGGGAGAUGAAGCAGAGGAGGAGGAGGGAGAUGAAGCAGAGGAGAGGAGGAUGAAGCAGAGAGAGGAGGAGUGA